AUGGACUUGAAAUCAGUUGAAGACCUGAAAGAUGUCCUUCGGCCCGAUUUCUUCCAUGGAUACGCUACCGCAGCGGCACAGAUUGAAGGCGCCUGGGAUAAAGACGGCAAGGGAGUUUCGAUCUGGGAUACUUUCGGCCAUACCCCCGGCAAAGUCUCGGAUGGGAGCACGGCCGACGACGCCGUGCGAGCGUACGACUUUUUCCGUGAAGAUGUGGCGCUCAUGAAGUCCUAUGGUGUGAACGCCUACCGCUUCUCUCUUGCCUGGUCGCGCAUCAUCCCAUUAGGCGGUCGUGACGAUCCCGUGAAUGAGCAAGGGAUCCAAUACUACUCAGAUCUUAUCGACGAGCUCAUCCGCAAUGGUAUCACUCCGUUCGUUACUCUUUUCCACUGGGAUACUCCUCAGGCAUUGGAAGAUCGUUAUGGGGGCAUGUUGAACCAGGGAUCCUACACUCCCGAUUUUGUGCGCUAUGCACGAGUCUGUUUCGAGCGAUUCGGCGAUCGCGUCAAGCACUGGAUCACUUACAACGAACCAGGAGUUUAUACACUCGCUGGUUACGCUGCUGGCGUGCAUGCUCCCGCAAGAUCCUCAUUCCGUGAUCGCAAUGCCGAAGGCGACUCGUCAACAGAGCCUUUUAUUGUCGCGCACACGGAGCUGGUGUCCCAUGGCCAUGUUUCUCGGAUGUACCGCGAGGAAUUCCAGCCACACCAGAAAGGCACCAUUGGGAUCACUCUUCACGGCAACUGGUCUGAGCCGUGGGAUGAGGAAGAUCCCUUAGAUCAAGCCGCCGCUGAACGGGCACGCGAAUUCGAAAUCUCAUGGUUUGCCGAUCCUUUGUAUAAGACUGGCGAUUAUCCCGUAUCAAUGCGUGAGCAACUAGGCGAUCGGCUGCCACGUUUCACGGCCGAGGAAUCUAAGCUUGUUCUUGGCAGCUCGGAAUUCUAUGGCAUGAACAGCUAUACGACAUUUUUCGUGAAGCACAAGACCACGCCACCUGAUAUCAACGACCACAAGGGCAAUGUGGAAAGCCAUGAUGAGAAUAAACAAGGUGUCUCCCGGGGCGAGGAAAGUGACACACCCUGGCUUCGCGCCGCGCCUGGCGGGUUCAGAAAAUUGUUGAACUGGAUCUACAAGCGAUACCAGAUGCCAAUAUAUGUUACCGAGAAUGGCACCACUGCGAAGGGAGAGGUAGCUCCGACACCGGAGGUUCUCAACGACACGUUCCGCAUCAGCUUCUUUGAGGGUUAUGUCGGCAAUGCAUUGGCUCGAGCUGUUAAGGAAGAUGGUGUUGAUAUUCGAUCAUAUUUCGCGUGGACUUUCACGGAUAACUGGGAAUGGGCCGCUGGGUAUUCGGAUCGAUUUGGGUGCACAUUCAUUGACUUCGAAUCGGAGGAGAAGAAGCGCUACCCUAAGCAGUCUGCUUACUAUUUGGACAAGCUGUUCAACUAUUUGAUUCGACGGGCAUAG